AUGGAGCCAUAUAACCUUGGGGAAGAGGGAGCCCUUCCAUCAGAAGGGCACCUCUCUUCCUUCUCCGAGAGUCAAGGGCUCAACUGCAGUGACACACUCAACCGGGACCUGGGCCCCAGCACACAGGACCUGCUCUAUGCUGGCCUAAGCGGUUUGGAUCUUGAUCCCAGUCUCUCCACAUCAGAUAUGCCCAGCGAGGUGCUGGAGGACAAUCUGGACACCUUAUCUCUGUAUUCAGGGAAGGACAGCGACUCUGUGAAACUGUUGGAAGAAUAUGCAGACUCCGAAUCCCAGACCUCCUUACAAGACCUGGGGCUGGGAGCACUCAAGGUACCUAAAGAGACUGAUGAAGGAGGCAGGGCCACUGGGAGUACAAGGAAAGGCAAGCGGCAGCACAGUUCCCCUCAGAACCCGCUCCUGGACUGCAGCCUGUGUGGGAAGGUGUUCAGCAGCGCCAGUUCCUUGAGCAAGCACUACCUGACGCACAGCCAGGAGAGGAAACACGUGUGCAAAGUCUGCAGCAAGGCCUUCAAGCGCCAGGACCACCUGACCGGGCACAUGCUCACCCACCAGAAGACCAAGCCCUUUGUGUGCAUCGAGCAGGGAUGCAGCAAAAGCUACUGUGACUACCGCUCCCUGCGCCGCCACUAUGAGGUUCAGCACGGAGUUUGCAUCCUGAAGGAGGCCCCACCAGAAGAAGAGGGCUAUGGGGACCCUACCCACAACCAUGAUGUGGCCAACCAGCCUCCACCCAGUGGUCUGAGGUCCCUGGGGCCCCCAGAAGCUAGGUCCCCUGGCUCUGUCUUGCCCAACCGAGACCUCCUUCGCUGUAUUGUAAGCAGCAUCGUCCACCAGAAGAUUCCCUCUCCUGGCCCAGCAGUGGGGCCUUCUGACACCGAAGCAAGGAGCUCAGCCUGUGCCUGCCCCACUUCACUGGGGUCAUCAUCCUGUACACCAGCCAGUGCCCCAGUGGCCUCAGGAACCCUGGGCUCUGAGGUUCCUGAGGAAACUCAUCCUCCACGGAAGGAACCUGCCACUGAAGUGUUCACAGCUGUUCAGUCAAGGGUGUCUGAGAACGGUGCCCCUGACCCGUCAGAGUCAGAGUUGGAGUCAGAGUCUCCACGGCUUCAACGACCAUCCUCCCUGGAGGGCUGGCCAGAGAGCAGCUCCCUGCCAGCCUGCCUGCCUCUCUUCCGAGGCCACUCAGUUCCCUCAGGAUCCCAGCCAUCCAGCCACAAUUUCCAAUGGCUCAGGAACCUGCCUGGCUGUCCCAAGAACAAAGGCAGCAAUGUGUUUAUGGUUCACAAGCCUCCUACAGUGCCUUCCCGGGAGGGCUCUGAGGGUGGCCCUGGGCCCAGCAGCAUCCCCACUACAGUGGAGCCUUCACCCAGUCUGGGCACCAGCCAGGAGGAGUUGCUACCAUUACCUCCUGCACUCCUGAAGGCACCUGGUGAGACUUCCAGUGAUGUUCGACAGGCAGCUGGGGAAGAUGAUGGCUGGGCUCCCAAGAAGAGCAAAUCUGACUGUGAAUCAUUCCCAUGGCAGAGCCCCACAGAGCUUGGGCUCCAAGACACACAGAACCCAGGUGGACUCCCUUCAGAUGCCACACCCCUCUUCCGGCAGCUGUUUAUGAAGUCCCAGGAGUCUCUGGUAAGCCAUGAGCAGAUGCAGGUGCUCCAGAUGAUUGCCAAGUCCCAGAGGAUCUUCUCCCACACCCAGGUGGCCACAGCCUCAGCCCAGAGACCGGGACCCGAGAGCAAGCAGUCAGCACUGAAGCCAUUGCAGGGGCCAUGGCCACCACAGGCCCUGCCACCAGUACCCACUGUGGACUCUUUCCAGAUAGGCCCUGGGCACUCAGAACCAGAGGGAUCCCCAGUCCGCAGGAGGAAAACCAUGCCUGCAGUGUCCAGAGAAACAUCUCCUGGUGGCCCUAGGCGAGACACAAAAGGAGGACCCAAAGUGGCCUCUGCACCACCAUCCCUCACAGGGCCAGUUCUGCACCCCUCCCGGAAUCCAGACAGCUCGUCUCUGGCCAAAGGGACCUUGGAUCUGGGGGACAUUCUCCCCAGUGCAGGCUCACGGCAGUCCCAGUUAGGUGGAGAUGAGCCAGCUGGAACUCAGCUGGUUGGGAAACAGGGGCAAGGGGAGAAUGCCCUGGCUUCAGGGGCCAUGAGAGGUGAGAAGGGUCCAGCCUGCCCCCGAGGUGGAGGCUACAGGCUCUUUUCAGGCCACCCCAGGGCCCAGAGAUUCUCCAGUUUCCGAAAGGAGAAAGUAAAGAUGGAUGUGUGCUGUGCAGCUUCUCCCAGCCAGGUGGCCAUGGCCUCCUUUGCAUCAGCUGGGCCUCUGGCAGAUCCUCCCCGAGACAUGAAGUCCAAGCUGACAAUCUUCAACAGAAUCCAGGGUGGAAACAUCUACAGGCUUCCCCAUCCAGUGAAGGAAGAGAGCUUGACAGGCGGAUGCCAUCAGCCAAAUGGGGGUCCCACAGACUGGAUGGAGUCAAAGAGUACUUUUGUGUGCAAGAAUUGCAGCCAGAUGUUUUACACUGAAAAAGGGCUGAGCAGCCACAUGUGUUUCCACAGUGACCAGUGGCCAUCACCUCGGGGGAAGCAGGAGCAGCAGGUGAAGGGACAAGCUGUGGCUUCUGAACUGAGGAAAGCUGAGGGGACUGGCAGGGAGGAAGGAGCAAGAGAUGAUGUGAGGGGUCACUGUGAUGGGCUCUGGGCUCAGGAUGUCGCCGUACUCAGUAUAUUAGUCAGCUCUGGUUCAGGUGGGCCUCUGGUGACACCUGUGAUUCUAUCCUUUCUUCUCCAGGGACAAGAGAAAGAUGGGGAAGAAAGAGACAGCAAGGAGAGCAGCCAGUACAGAAAGCGGAAGAAGCGGCCCCAGCCUAAGGCCCUGUUUGUCCCUCCUGCACCCUCUGCCCUUGGAGAGCCAGGCCCAGGAGGGUGCCACCAGAGCUGCCUACGCUCUCCUGUGUUCCUGGUUGACCAUCUCCUGAAGGGCUUGUUUCAGUGUUCUCCUUACACACCACCGCCCAUGCUCAGCCCCAUUCGUGAGGGCUCUGGGCUGUACUUCAACACCCUGUGCUCCACAUCCCGGGCUGGGCCCCAUCUCAUCAGCCCUAUGUUUGACCAAGUGGACGGCUCCAUUAGCAUCUGUGUGGUGAAGGAUGACACUAAAAUCAGCAUCGAACCACACAUCAACGUUGGAAACAGGUUUCAGGCGGAGAUCCCAGAACUGCAGGAGAGGCUGCUGGCCACAGUGGAUGAGAAUAUAGCUUCUCUGGUCUGGAAGCCAUGGGGAGAUGUGAUGACCAACCCAGAGACCCAGGACAGAGUGAUGGAGCUCUGCAAUGUGGCAUGCUCCAGUGUGAUGCCAGGAGGGGGCACCAACCUAGAGCUUGCCCUCCACUGCCUUCAUGAAGCCCAGGGCAGUGUUCAGGUUGCCCUGGAGACUCUGUUACUCAGAGGACCCCAGAAGCCCCGCACUCACCCGCUAGCUGACUAUCGCUACACAGGUUCAGACAUCUGGACCCCCAUGGAGAAGAGGCUCUUCAAGAAGGCAUUCUGUGCCCACAAGAAGGACUUUUACCUGAUACACAAAACAAUCCAGACUAAGAGUGUAGCACAGUGCGUUGAAUACUACUACAUCUGGAAAAAGAUGGUCAAGUUUGACUGUGGCCGAGCACCUGGGCUGGAGAAGAGGGGCAGGAGAGAGCUGGAUGAGGUAGAAAGGACUGAAGACAAGAUCACUUGCAGCCCUCGGGAGAGACCCACCCACCGUCCAACUCCUGAGUUAAAGAUAAAGACCAAGAGUUACAGGAGGGAGUCUAUUCUUCACUCCAGCCCAAGUGCAGUCCCAAAGCGUACCCCUGAGCCUCCAGGGAGUGUGGAGAGCCAGGGCGUGUUCCCUUGCAGAGAGUGCGAGAGAGUGUUCGACAAGAUCAAGAGUCGGAAUGCCCACAUGAAGCGCCACCGCCUCCAGGAGCACGUGGAACCCGUCAGGGUGAAGUGGCCUGUGAAGCCAUACCCUCUGAAGGAGGAAGAGGAGGAGGAAGAGGAAGAGCUGGGAGCUGACAUGGGCCCCCUGCAGUGGUGA